GUCUGUCCUUAGUCCUUACUACUAAUCCUCUGCUACACUCACAGUGUACUCACUCUACUAGUGAGUACUGAGUACUGAGUACUGAGUACUGAGUAGUGACAGUGUAGUAGUGUUUUCCAGUAUUUUUAUUUUCUCUACCCAAACAAGCCAUACAAAAUCUCCAUAAUACGACAACUUCUUUUCGUACUACCCGCUCUUACUCACUCACACUCACUCACUCACUUCACUCACUCAUUUUCCUCUUUAAUUACACCCAAUUAAUCACACUUUUUAUUUCUCUCUCAUUUACAAUACUCUACAAAAAAAAAUUGAGAAAAAAAUGGUGGGUUUUUGUUCAAUUACUCCAUGGUUAGAAGCUUUGUUAAAUGAGAAAUUCUUUGAGCCUUGUUUGGUUCAUACUGAUUCUUGUGAUAAAAAAACAGAGAAAAAUCUUUUCUGCUUUAACUGUUGUACUAGUGUUUGUCCUAAAUGUCUUUUUCGCCACCGCAAACACGUCCUUCUUCAGGUGAGAAGAUAUGUGUAUAACGAUGUUCUCAAAUUGGCUGAUGCUGAAAAGUUGAUCGAUUGUUCUGGUGUUCAAGCAUACAUCACAAAUAAUGCAAAAGUUGUGUUCUUAAGACAAAGACCAGUAACUCGAUUGAUGAAAUCUCCUGCAAAUUCCUGCUUCACUUGUAAUCGUAAUUUACAAGAACCCUUCUUUUUCUGCUGUCUUUCUUGCAAGGUGGAACAUAUGAUUGCGACACAAGGGAGUGUAAAGAUGAAAGUUUCAGAUCAUAAUAUGCUAGGAUUUUCAGACAUGGACGAGUUUCAAGUUGUAACACCUGACUCAGUACUUGACUCGGCCGGUUCAAUUCCCACAUCGUCCGGUUCAACUUCAAGCAGUGAUCUUCGAACCGCGUUACUUUGCACUGCAACUACUGAGAUUGUCAGGAAAAAACGCAGUAAUUUGUCAGCUCGUCAGGGUUCGAACCGUGAAUCUGUAUGUCCUGAACCGGUUGCUGAUCAUAAUUCUAUGAACCGGAGGAAAAAAGGCGUACCGAACCGGUCUCCUUUAUCUUGAAGAAAAAAAAAGGAAUUUUCUGAAAAAAUGGAAAUAAUUGGUUGGAAUUUAGUGAAGAAUUUUACUAUUUUUAGGUUGAGAGGGAAAUAAUAUUGUUUACUUUAAUUUCCCAAUUUUGUAGAUGAGUUUUUUUUUUUUUUUUGUUAAAAAAAAAGGAAGAAGAAAAUUACUGAUUUGGCCACAAGUAAAGUAAUUGAUUGAGCAGUGUCAGUGUACGUAGGUAAAUCCAAUAGGCAUAGUUAUUAUCCACAGUUGCAAAAGGAUAACAAUUUGACUCAGUCAUCAUUUUUGGAGAAAUUUCUCUAAUUUGAUGAAUUAACCAUAUGUUAGUAGUUAAUUAUAAUCUUUACUCUUAUUAUAUGAUUACUCUCCUUAUUAUGUUUA